AUGCAGCUGGGGGCUGUGCCCGGAGAUGGGAGGUACUUGGGCUUUCCCCAAGAGGAAAGUGGGUUGCCAAGAACCAGGGGUCGGGUGGUGAAAGGAAUAGGUGGAGGCGGCCCCGAGAAGCGAUGUGUGCUGGGUGAACGCUGCAGAGGAGCCAAAGGGAAAGUCCUGUUCCCAGUGCGGGAAGAACUAAAAGUCAGCUCGCAGCCCUGGCCACCGCCCGAGCCCGCGGAGUGGACAGGUGCCGGAAGGGCCCGCUCUCGGGCCGGCCGCACUGACGAGUGCCUCCCUCGGCCUCCGCUACCCCCCACCUCUGCGCUGUGCGGCGGGACGCGCCUCCCCCCGCUCCCGGCUGCGGCAGGAGGGCCGCCCCCUCGGGGCGGGGGUCGCCCGCCGCGGGCCCGGCCGACGCUGUGCCCUCUGUGCCGCCGCGGACGAGGAGGGGGCCAAGGGGCGGCGGGGCCGAGCCGGGCGCCCCGGAGCAGGCGGCGAUCGCCGUCUACUGGCUGCCGCCGUGCCUCCCGCGCCCUCGCCCCAGAUCGGGACCGGAGAGCCGUGCCAACCAACUGGAAGCGUGACGAGGGUAAGGGCUGUCCUGCCACCGCCUCGGCGCGCCCCGCUCCCGGCCGCCGGUCCCAGACAGCCCGGACUGUCGCGACACCAGCGCAACCCGAGUGGCGGCCCCGCUGCGGAACCACACUGCGGCUCCCCGGGGAGGCUCUGGGGGACGUCGGCUUGGCUCCCAGGCCGCUUUCCCUGUACCUGCACCCCAGCCGAAGGGUCGUCUACGGUCGCGCUGGGAGCAUGAGGGGAGGGGGCAACCUGGGCCACCAGCACAGAAACCGCCCUGCGGGAUGCCCUGGGGUAAAGUCGGGAGGCAUGGUGGGGGAAACUGAGUAUGGUACAGGACGGGGCCGAAAGGUUUCUGAAGUCGUUAUGAGAGCAGGCAGUUGCCCUCCGCGCCCAGGGCCGGCGAGGCUCGGCUGCCCGGAGCCGCCCGCCCUGCGGGGCGCGGGUGCUGGGGACGGGGCGCGACACGGAGCACAGGGGUGUACUCAGGGCCAGCCUGUUCCGGGCAAAAUCAAAGCGUCCGGAGGGCAGACGGCUGUUCCGUGUAGGUGCUUCCAUUUAUUUGUUUAUUGUGCCAGAUAGAAGGGGGCUGGAGCCGUUUUUCUAAAAGAAUUCUGCAUCGCCACUCCCUCCCCAAUGUCGAUAAAUUGUCCCUUUCCGAAGAGUUUAUCUAUCCAAGCCUUUCUGUUUUCGCUCCUUUCUAGUUUCUAGUUCUAAUUUCUACUGGCUUUGAAAAUGAGCUUUAUAUUUUCUCUGCGCCUAAAAGUAGUAUCGAUCUCCCCACACGUUUGAUCUCCGCAGUAGCCGGCGGCCGACAGCAGGUCCCGGUGGGCAGGUGGGCCGGGAGUGUCAUCUCCCAGUUCAGUUCCCGGGACCGACACUGCAGAGGGAACGCCGAGGCACACCUCGGUGGGAGGGCGGGACGGUCAGUCGGCGCCUCAGCAGAGGUUUGCUUCCCCUCUCGUCUCCCCGAGAGGACAUACUGCGUUGCCCCCUCGCAUUGGAACGGCCCCGAUCCUUCGCCCGAUGGGAGUUCCGAGUCGGCAGAAAAAGCAGAAUCGUGACUUUACGAAAUUUUGCCAGCAGGAGCAUUUUCUAAAAAUGUUUGUUUAUGCUACGCAUUAGCUCGACUUCCAGCACAAUAUUGUUCCGAAAGAGGAAUAUCCUGUAUUGUGAUCUAUCCUUGUCUUAUUUUGUCAGUAAUUACAGUAAAAUUAAAUGGGUCAUUGAUAACACUCCAAUGACACAACUCCCUGUAAUUAACAAGCUGAAUACACCUUUUUUACAUUAC